AUGCCGUCAACAACAGAUGGCAAUUUGCAAUUUGACUCGGUGGAGGACGUGGUAGCUGCGUUCAAAUCGCUAACGGUAUCUGUGACAGAAAAUGGCCAGUUCGUCAUCAUCCUCGACUCGCAAGACCGCGAGAACGAGGGCGACUUGAUCAUCGCCGCCGACGCCGUCACAGACGCCCAGAUGGCGUUUCUGGUGCGAUACUCGAGUGGCUACGUCUGCGCACCCAUCCUGCCCUCACACGCCGACAAACUGCAACUCCCCCAAAUGGUGAUCAACAACGCCGACCCGCUCAUCACCGCAUACACAAUCUCCAUCGACUCCAACGACGCCUCCGUAACAACAGGGAUAUCCGCGCACGACCGCGCCCUGACAUGCCGACGCCUGGCUGACCCUGCCAUCAAACCGGACAACUUCCGCCGCCCCGGCCAUAUCCUGCCCCUGCGUGCUCGCGCCGGCGGCGUGCGCGAGCGUAGAGGCCAUACUGAAGCCGCCAUUGAUCUGUGCCGGUUGGCCGGCCGCGCACCCGCCGGUGUGAUUGGUGAGCUGGUCGAGGAAGGCGAUGUCGUUGACGGCGUCGCAGAGGUUACUGGAAACAAUGACAUGAUGAGGAGGGACUCCUGUCUCAGGUUCGGUCACCGGUUCGGCAUCAAAGUCACCACGAUUGAGGAUAUGGUGGCGUAUUUGACAAAGGUGGAUCCGUCGGGGGAUCUGGCUAGUGCUAACGGUCAUUAA